UCAGAGUUGUGCACGAAAGGAAGAAAUGAAGUACAUCCAGGUCGGGAUUUUGGUAGGUUUGCUGGGAGUGGCGCGCUGCCUGGAAGUCGGGGUGCCUGAGAGGUUCCUGCGACCGAGGACGUUCAACCCUCACCCGUACACUUUAUCAGACGAGUCCUUGGUCGAAGAACGGGCUCCGCUCGACGCCCAAGACGUCGCAGCCCUGCCGCACCCUUACAGCUUUUUCGAGAGGCCGCCGACGAGGGGUGAGCCAAGCAACGGGGCACCGAUCCAGUUUCCGAAAGUUCCAGAAUCCGCCCAAGCCCAGCCACAGCAGCAGCAGAAGCUGAAACCUCCAAAUGUCAAACAUCCUCUUCACAUUAACGACGUGAAAUACGAUGAUACUUCUCUCCAGAGGGUCACGAUCCAGCGCGUGCCGGUUCAGCGGUUACAGUUUCAGGACGAUCAGCUCCAGCAAGUCGCUGUUCCAGUGCAGCACCUUCGGACGACCGUGGCAGCUAGACGACCUUCUCGUUAUCGUUCCAAAACUAUUACGCCUAAAAACUACGCCUUCUCCUACGCAGUGAGGGACGGCUACUCGGGCGACGACUUCUCGCAUUCGCAGGCCCAUUCGGGAGCACAGACCAAGGGCGAGUACAGGGUGAAGUUGCCCGACGGUAGGACACAAGUGGUCAGCUACACUGCCGACGACCACGGAUACAGAGCCGACGUUCGGUAUGACGACGAGAACUCAGUUGAGCCUUUAUAUGACUAUAAGCCGCAGCCCGUUCUCAAAUACAAAGCCGUCUACAAGCCGGGGGUUGUGAAGGACGAUUACAAGCAAGUGUACCUCCAGUACACUGCUAAGCCGGAUUACACUCCGAUUCACGAGGAACAGUCGGAAGCGAAACCGUCCGGGAGGACUGCAGCCCCGCAGCUGUUCAGCGGUGGCUCGACCCCGACCCCGAGCUUCUUCCUGCAAUCGACCCCCGCCCCCAAAUUCACAGCCGACUAUUACACUGUCAGUUCGACCCCAGCGGCAGACUAUUACACCGUCAGCUCCACCCCUGCCCCCGUCUACUAUCGCUCGUCGACGGUCCCUCCCAGGUACACGCCGUCAUCACCGGCCCCUCAGCACAACUACUACCUCAUCCAAUAAUAUUUAUUUCCCUUCCGAUGCAAAACUGAAAACCGUUUGCUUUGUCCCUGAGGAGAAUCGUGCCAACAAUGAGAGUGCGAGUGAUAUUAGUCACCUCAUUAAUAUUAUAAAACGGUGUGUAUAGAAGUAUUUUAUUUUUGUACGUGUAAUUAAUUAUUUUUUAAAAUAUAUUUUUUU